CUAAUACCUAAAAUAUGUUGUUUAAAUUUGUCCCCAUGUAUACACAGUCAUGUCCCACCUUGAUAGCCUUAUCAAAUUUUUUUUUCAGACAAAUUUAGGAGACUAGGUGGAAAGCUAACUGUUAACGUAGUGUACACUAAAGUCAUUUAUGACAAAUGAAGCAAUUGUUUUCUCUAUAGUGACUUCGAAGGUUCUCCGAUCAGGUUAUUUGUAAUGGCCACUAUAAUUUAAUUUCUCUUCAUUUUCUAACAUUCACUGUGACAUUCAACUCAUGUUAGCUGAGUAUUGGUUGGCGGAAAAUUGACUGCAACGUUACUAUGAGUGAAAUCGCUCAAUUGAAUGCGUUGCUUAAAAUCACGGCAGCUAAAGUUGAUAUUGAGAAUGACUUCCUCGUUCACUACAUAAAUAAAAUCUUAAAAAUAAUCAUCUCAUCAGAUCUGAACAAACCUGUUACGGAGGAGUUGACACUAUCUAUCAAAUGCUUAACCAACAUAUGCUCAACAUCUCAAGGAAUACGUCUUUUGACUGAAGUGCUGUCCGAUGAAAAAAGCCGUGAAGAGUUUACUAACGUUCUCUCACUCAUUGCUUUGAACAGUUCCAAAAAUGGUUCCGAUUUAGGAUCCUUGGCUGUUAAUUUGAUUUCAAACAUGACUCGGGAUCCGGUGUGGUUGAAUUAUUUUAACAAACAUUUUGAUAACCAGCAUAUUAUUUCGAUUAUGGAGUCAGAUUUUACCGUCCAGCGAUUCCUUCCGAUCAUUUUGAAUCUAACCACCGAAGAAUCAUCACGUCGUGACAUAUCUUCAACAUUACUACCACGGCUUAUUGAUUUAUUUCCUCAGUUGACGUCCGUUCCAGAUAAAGUUCUUAUAUCUGGCAUCAUAAAAAACUGUUCAUUUGAUGAUGAUCUCCAUUGUAAACUGCUUGAUAAAAGUGUAGCUUUUCUUGAUAAAUGGUUAAUUCCCUUGUGCGGUCCAGAGGAUUGUAUUGACAAAGAAGAUCUUUCUGUGUUGCCUAAGUCUGUACAGACUGUUUCUGGCAACCCUAAUAUUCCCCGUUUGUUUUCUGCUGACCUAUGCCUCACUAUUUGCCAAACGUUCUUACAAUUUUGUUCCACUAGUCACGGACGUACAAUUCUCCGAUCUAAUGGUGUUUAUUUUAUUUUACGUGAGUUACACAAAUAUGUCUCAACGGUUGAAGGGCAGAUAUCAUCUUCUGAGAGUGGGGAGAAAAAUUUAAUUAAAGAAUUGCUAUUUUAUAUCGAACAAGUGGUAGAUCAACUUAUCUGUGAAGAAAAUGAGCGUGAUCAAAAUUACACUGAAUCCAGUCUCAGAGAAAUAUCUGUCGAUACAAUAACAAGCGAGAAGUUAGAACGAGCAAAACAAGACUAUUUAGAAUGUAAAUAACAUUGUAUUUAUAAAGUGAAAUUCAUAUUUUCAUAUCUGUGUGCUCAGAUUUUUCUCUUUUUAUCUUUCAAGACGGUGGGUUCUGACUUGCAGUCACUAGAAAUAUAGAACUGCUAUAUUCGUUUCUGAUUAUGAUAGAACAAGUCUUGAUUGCAUUUACCUACAAUAGUUAAAUUGAGAGGCUUCAUAAAAUUAACCUGCCUGUUUUUCUAAACAUUUGUUUGAUAAUGCCACACAGUGCUCAAAAUGAAGAAGACAGAUACAAGCUUUGAUACAAAAAUAUGUAAGACUAUAUCGUUGUCCAAUUAUAUAAGAGUAACAUAACGUUAUACUAACUCAAGAAGUUCUGUUAAAGAAAAUGUGUUCUAUUCGUUUAAGUAACCAGUUUCUAAGGCAAAUUUGUACACCUCAAAGUUUCGUGUAGAUAAGAAAUGCAAACACGGUUCAUUUUUAUACUCAAUCCGUCCAUCUUCUUCGUGAUGUCUUAUUAAAUCUGUAAUGCUCAUAAAUGAGACUUCACUCGAACUAUCAACUGCUUUUGUUCACUAAAUUUUGGCUGCAAAUUCUGGAUAGUGGGAUAAAAACUACUGUAUCGUGAAAUUCAUCAUUUUUUUUAAAAUUCAAGUCAAAAACACUAACGAAUUAUCUGUGUUGAACAGUAGUGGCCUUAUCAUGUGAGCUCGAUGGGUCGUCUUCAUGUUUCCACAUACUUAUUUAAAGUAAACCAGUAUUCAUUAUACAUGAGGUAUUACGGCUUUAUAAUUUAUUACGGAGUCCUUCAAUUAUGACUUCUUUAUAAUCUCAUGAACGAUAUAGGCACUGUGCGUCGGUGGCACAGUGGUUA